GUGGGAGGGUGUUUUUGUUUUUUUUUUAAAAAAUAAUAUAAGGGUGGGUUAUCACCUUUUGAACCACUGAUUAGUAAAAAGGCCAGUUUUUAACAAAUGUCCCACAAAGGUGGGACUGUUUUGGAGAGAUCGGGCAAAGGUGAGAUUAUUCCCAUCAAAAAAUCCAAAUAAAAAAUAAAAAAUCAUUAUAGAUGCCAUCUUACUUAAAGUUUUAUAAGGUAGAUAGAUAACCAAGACUUACACGAAACUUGAGAUCGAAUAUAAUUAAUCCUCUGUUUUUGACACACAAAAAACCAACAAAAUCAUUCUUUUAAUCGCUCUAAUAACUUAGGAAUUUCUUUCCACCAAAAAAAAACAUGAACAUUUGUAAUUUUUGACAUUUAAAAAGACAAAGAAAAAAUAAAUAAUAAUUUGCGACUGAAAACCAACAAAAAAAACAAUCCUUCCUUACUUUCAACGAUCAAACCAACACAAAACACUCCUCCUUCCUCUCUCCAUUCACCUGCAACUCCGUGCAACAAUAAAAUUACGAAAUUACCCUCAUCAAUGGCGAAAAAACCUUCCUCCUCAUCAAUGGACGCCAAACAAAUCAUCGACGUCUUACCUUCUUACAUCUCUCUCUACAAAAACUCCAACCCAACCCAAAACUCAAACCCAAACCCAGAAAAAUCCGCCAUUUUAAAAUGGUUCAGCAAUCUCUCUCCUCAUCAAAGAGUGGCCCACUUAACCAUAGUAGACCCCACUUUCACACAGCUCCUUCUCCGCAUGCUCUCCUCUCUAAUUCUCUCUCCUCACGUGACCUUCUUCCUCCUCCCCGACAUCCCCUCACGUGACUCUCUCCCAACUCUCUGCACUCGCCGAUCUCGCGGCUUACUCGCUCGACUCGCCGCGUCCAACGAGUCAACUCACUUACUCCGCUCAUCACUGCUUCUGUUCUCCUCGUACGAGUCAGUUACUACCUCGGACGCCGCGUCGCUUGAUACGGUGUCGUUUAAGGAGGGUUUCGUGGAUGAUUUUCCGCGUUUUGUGGAGACGAUGGACCGGGUUUCUGACUCGGGGUUUUUAAACGGGUCGACUCGGGAUUGGGCUGAGUUGGGGAACGAGUGGGCCGAGUUGGGCUGGUUGAAGGAUAAAGGGUAUUAUGGUCUUGAGGAGUUUGUGGCGAAUCGAGUUGAGGUGGCGUUGAGAUUGGCGUGGGUGAAUAGUGGUGGUGGUGGGAAGAAGAGAGGGGUGAAAUUGAAAGAGAAAGCAAGGAAUGUAGUUGGGUUAGGGGUUAAUGUGUAUUGGAGGAAGAAAGGGUGUGUUGAUUGGUGGGAGAGGUUGGAUCAUCGGAUGAAACGGUCCGUGUUUCGGAUGGUUUUGUGCCGGGUUGCCAAAUCUCUGACCGGUGACAUCGUAAAAGGCGCUGAUGGAAUUGUGGAGGACAGGUUGUGGAAUUUCGAUUUAGAGGAGGAGCCUUUGAGACACAGAGAUCACAAUACAUUUACUGCAGAUAAUUCACAAAGACGUGCACAGUUUGGCUUGACAUCUGAUUUAGUUUUGUCUUCUUCCAGUCCUCCUACCACAUUAAAGACCGCAGUUAAUAGGUUGUUUGUGCUUCAGGUCAUCAUAGCUAUGGCACUAAAAUUCCCUCAUGAUGACUUGGAUAAAGAGAAGAUCUUUUUCAGCUCUCUAGACUCUGUAAAUACAAUAGUAGAUGGAAUUUUAAGGAAAUUGCGAGGCUUGCUUAUGGUUGUUUCACUUGAUCAUACUAAAUUUGAACUAAUGGAAGAUGAGAAUGUGGCAAACAAAACAAAAGUUAAGCAGGCUGCAUCUCAACGCAAGAAAAAGGGGAAAAAUCGAAGUGCUAGAAACUUUAAUUCUGCUUUGAAGAAUUGCAGUGAUGAUUUUGCAGUGGACAAAGCUCUUGAGGGCAAUGAAUCUGGAGUGGUGCAUGAUAAUAAUCUGUUGAGCAAGGCAGACGAGGAUCUUAAAGGAGGUAGUGGGACGAGUAUGCUAUCUUCGGAAAAAGGGGAAAAGAUCCAAAACGCUGCUCCUGAGACGUCACAAACUUCUCCUGCAAAGAAGGCAAAACAAAAGAAGAAGAAGUCACGUGGGAAGUCUGAUGCUUCAAAUAAAGUCCAAAACGCUUCAGUUGGAAUACAGACUGCUUUCUCUUCCUGUAUCACCACACAAUGUGGGGAGGAGCAUAUACCUGUAGGUCAGGACACUUCUACUGGCUAUCAGAAUCUUCAGCAGAGUCUAUCACCUUGCAACUGUAAGGUUGGUGCUAAAGAGGAUCAUUUGUGUAAUAGUGAACAAGGUGAUUUGGUAUCUUCUAUCCAAGACACACAUAGUCCCAGGAUUCACAGUCACUUGUUAUUGAACAAGCAGAGGAACACUGAAGUUCCUAAGAUGGAGACUGUGAAUCAUUCAGCAGAUUCUGAUAUAUGUCCUGUUAGGGUGACAGAAAAGGAGUUUCAAAGUCUUCAUGAAGCUGACUCUAAUGGGGACCCUGCUAUUGUGGCUGUAACGGAGUCCCACGAUACCCCAAUUAAUGCCGGAUGUCGCGAGGACUGUGCCACUAGCAACAAAGUUUCUACAUCAGUCUUAAAUGGAAAACCUGUGGAUGCUAAAACUGAAACUAUCCUUAUCCGUGAACGAGGUAGACGGAGCAGAUAUAAUGGCGAAGCUGUAAUUCCUGCAUAUUAUCCCUCAUAUGAGUGGCCUACUGUGGCCCCUAUUCGCUUGGCAAGCUUUAAUUCACAACAUCUUCCACCUGCUACAGACAGAUUGCAUUUGGAGGUUGGCCACAAUUGGCAAAACCAGUCUCAACAUUCUUUCAUACAACAGAUGCAUCAGACAAAUCCUAAGAUUGGAGGGCAGGUUGGUAGGAUUAUUUCACAACCAUUACCGUCAAGUUUAGAUUGGCCUCCUGUUGUUCCGACUUGUAAAUAUGAUUCUUCAUUUAUUUCAAGGCGUCCAGCUGGAAAACAAAGCUUUACUGCGCUAAGUCCCCAUAAAGGCGCACCGAGUAACGAAGAAGAAAGAAAAUUCUUUACGGAUUACUUUGACAUGUCUGAACCAUCAAGUGCACAAGAAUUAGCUGAUGAAUAUGAUAGUCAUUGGGUAUCAGAGGAAGAAUAUGAAGUCCAUGCUGUCUCUGGCAAAGACUAUAAUCAAUUCUUUGGUGGUGGUGUCAUGUAUUGGAAUCCUUCUGAUUAUCGAGGUGCUAGUUUCUCUCGCCCCCCUUCACUAAGUUCCGAUGAUAGUUCAUGGGCUUGGCGUGAAGCUGACAUGAAUAGGACGGUUGAUGACAUGGUUGCAUUUUCGUCAUCUUAUAGUACAAAUGGAUUAAACUCUCCAUCUGCUACUCCUUUUUGUUCUCCAUUUGAGUCUUUACCUCCAGGGCACCAAGCAAUUGGUUAUGUUCGGCCUGGGAACGAAGGGAAAUUGGUACAUAGCUCUCCAACAAUGGCAGACUUAGAGGUUGAAGAAAAAGUUCCUGGAUCUUUGGCAAGUAUAGCUAGUGAUGGUGAUGCCAAUUCCGGGGAUUCAUUUCCUUACCCGAUUCUACGACCUAUUAUAAUUCCAAAUAUGUCAAGAGAAAGGUCAAGAUCUGAAUUCAAGUGUAAUCAUGAACUACAAAGCCCUCAUGUUCCUCCAAACAGGCGCGAACAUCCUCGAAUUAAGCGGCCACCCUCGCCCGUGGUGCUUUGUGUUCCACGUGCUCCUCGUCCUCCUCCACCUUCUCCUGUAGGAGAUUCAAGAAAACAUAGAGGCUUUCCAACUGUUAGAUCUGGUAGCUCCAGCCCAAGGCAGUGGGGUGUAAGAGGAUGGUUUCAUGAUGGAACUAACAUUGAAGAAGCCUGUGUACGUGUUGAUGGGGCUGAAGUAGUUUGGCCGUCUUGGGGAAAUAAGAACUUCUCUGCUCGGAAAAUGAUUCAGCCUUUAACGGGAGCAAUACUGCAGGAUCGCAUAAUUGCUAUCUCUCAGAUAGCACCUGAUCAAGAACAUCCAGAUGUUGCCCUUCCCCUGCAACCACCUGAAUUGGCAAAUUGCGCAACAUGGAAAACUUCUCUGCCUGUGAUGCACAAUCUUCUUCACGAGGAAAUUGAUUCUUUCUGUAAGGAGGUUGCUGCCGGUAAUUUAAUUAGGAGGCCUUAUGUUAAUUGGGCGGUGAAGCGGGUUACCCGUUCGCUCCAAGUUCUGUGGCCUCGUUCCAGGACCAAUAUAUUUGGUUCCAAUGCCACUGGCUUGUCCCUUCCAACAAGUGAUGUUGAUCUUGUGGUUUCUCUGCCUCCAGUGAGGAACUUGGAACCUAUUAAAGAAGCUGGAAUCUUAGAGGGUCGUAAUAGCAUAAAGGAAACAUGUUUACAGCAUGCUGCUAGGUACUUGGGAAAUCAGGAAUGGGUAAAAGCAGAUUCUCUAAAGACUGUGGAGAAUACAGCGAUCCCCAUUAUCAUGCUUGUGGUGGAUGUUCCACAUGAUUUUGUGACUGCUAUUGCUGCGCCCAGUGUGCACACUCCUUUAAGUGGUCAAAAUCAGCUGCAUGAUGCACCAGCAGUUGAUCAAAAUGAUACUGUUGGUUCGGACAGUUCUCCUUCACCGACAUGCUCAGAACUUAUCAACAACUUAGACAAAGAUUCUACAUCAGUUCGUCUUGACAUUAGUUUCAGGUCACCUUCGCACACAGGGUUGCAAACCACUGAAUUGGUUAAACAGCUUACUGACCAGUUUCCUGCAGCCAUUCCCCUGGCUUUGGUACUUAAGCAGUUUUUAUCAGACCGUAGCCUCGAUCAAUCAUACUCAGGGGGCUUGAGUUCAUAUUGUUUGGUUUUGUUAAUAACACGUUUUCUUCAGCAUGAACAUCAUCAUGGUCGGCCUAUUAAUCAAAACCUUGGCAGCCUUUUUAUGGAUUUCCUUUACUUUUUUGGGAAUGUGUUUGAUCCUCGACAAAUGCGUGUCUCAAUACAAGGGAGUGGGUUAUAUAUAAAUAGAGAAAGAGGCAUUGAUCCAAUCUACAUCGAUGAUCCUCUUUUCCCAACAAAUAACGUGGGGAAGAAUUGCUUCCGGAUUCAUCAGUGUAUCAAGGCCUUUGCAGAUGCGUAUGCUACUUUGGAGAAUGAGGUCAGCUGCCUUUCAGCUGAGAGUGAUGUGGAAACGACAAAGCAGUACAGAUUGCUUCCAAAGAUCAUCCCAAGCAUAAGUCUUCCAUAGGGAUUCCAUCUUGUUUCCACGGCUCUGGUAUAUUUUUCUGUAAUGCUUAUUUUUACGAAAAAGGAAGUAUUUUUUCCCCUCUGGUUUCUCACAGAAAAGAGUAUAUGACAAUCCCUACUUCUCUACGCGCUUCUGCUCCUUCAAUUCUUUCAUUUUCCACCAGUUCUUGUUUUAGGUGUUUUGCUUUUUUAAUCUGGAAAAAGCUGACCUAUAUUGGACUUAGCUGAACCACACGCGAGAUGUCUCAAGACAAGAUGCCGGUUCCUCCAAUGUACUCGAAGAGUACUCUGAAACGUGGCCUCAGCCCCUAGGUGACUUGCUCUCAGGCUCAAAUGAAGAUAUGUUGCUUAUUGCAAUUGGAGUUUAUCAAGCAUCUGCAAUGUGUGAAAGAUGCAUUGCUGCAACUUACAAGAUCCUUGACCUUGUAAGAUGCAUGUUCUCUUGUUUCUUGGAGCUUGCAGUGUAAAUCUCUGAUACAGACAAUUUAAGUUGACGAGAGGAGGCCACAUGCUUCAGACUGCUAUACUGGUUGGCUGAAAAGAUGCACAUGUCACAAGUUAAUAAAUUAUUACCUGUCAAUAUGGUUUAUAGUUCCCUGGUGUAACCAUUCGGUUUUGCAAGUACUACUAUAUGUUACAGAUGUGGAGGAGGAGGAUUGACCUGAAAGAAUUCUGAGCUGUGCAACUCUAUGCAUUCUGAAGUGACCAAUAAGAUGGUGCUGAAAGCGAAUGCGAGCUAUAUAUAUGCAGUAAGCAUUGAUCAUAGGCUUUACCAGGGCAUGUCGCGACUGCAGCCGCAGAGCAGGCAGCUAUGUUCAAGUCCAUUGAAUUGGGUCACCGAGCUGAUGUGCUUCCAUGACAAGACUAGCUUGUCUAGCAUUAAACUUAGAACAUGUUUCUGGAUAGUCUUUUGUUUCUAUUGAGUUGGUUUUAGAGUUUUUGCAAACCAAAAUUUAGGUUGUCAAUUCUGGCUACUGUUGUAUAUACCAUAAAAAAUAGUCUGAACAGACAUCAUCACAGAUUCAUAAUGAAACUUGAUGACAUCAAGUUGCUUACUUUACAA